CAAGACCUCUCAACCCUCCACAUUCCCCUCUGGCACAAGACAAACAGCUUUCGCACUGUCUGUGUUCCACCCUCUUGCCUCUCUAUCCCUCAUCCUCUCUAUGGCUUGGCCUCGCGUUCCUAUGGUCUAGCCUUUGCCGCUGCUCUAUAUUUCGAGGCGGGGCUUUCCUCCUUGGCUCUGUGUCCUCUAUGGUACUCUCCCCGCCCCUGAGAACUGAGGGCGGCGCAUUCUGAAGCGGCGGCGGUAGAAGAAGCUUGCUGAAGGUGGAGAAGGUACGGGCACGGGAGCGUUGGAGGCGCGAGGCUUGAUCCUGAGGACCAAGGACUGACAGAUGUCAUCACAGGCAUUGGAAUCCAGCCCCUAGCUCUAGGAGAUGCCACCCUGUAUCUUCCCAAGAUAAUCCACUCUGUCCACCUUGGUGAUCUUAUACUUUUAUGUCCUACUAAACUGUAAUGCACAUGCUUGGAGUUUGCACGGCUUCGCUGGGCUCUUUUGGCCUGAUGCGGUUUUUUGGAGUGCCCUGGUCAUGGAGUGUUGCAGCUGCUCUGGGCGUUUACAUUGGCAGUGGUGGCUGGAGGUUUCUCCGGAUCAUCUUUAAGACAGCCUUGAGAGAUCUCCUGGGGCUGUCGGUACUUAUACAGGUCAAAUAUGAAUUGCACCGUCACCGGAAAGCCAAAAGCAAUGUCCCCAAGAUAUUCCAGAAUGUGGUCCGUCAACAUCCAGAUAAAGUGGCCUUGAUCUAUGAAGCCACUGAUGACAAAUGGACGUUUCGGCGUUUGGAUGAAUAUUCCAAUGCUGUGGCCAACUUCUUCUAUCAGCAGGGUUUUCGCCUGGGUGACGUCAUUGCAAUCUUUAUGGAGAGUCGUCCUGAGUUUGUGGGCUUCUGGCUAGGGAUGGCCAAAGUUGGCAUUGAGGCAGCCCUCAUUAACUUCAACCUGCGCCUUGAUUCUCUGACUUACUGUGUGAAAACUUCUGGGGCAAAAGCCAUCAUCUUUGGUGGAGAGCUGUCAGCAGCAAUAUCUGAAGUGAAUGGCAUGCUGGGGAAAAAUAUGGUCAAGUUCUGUUCUGGAGACUUCAUCCCUGAGUCUGUUCCUUCAGAUACCAAACACCUGGACCCUCUUCUAGCCAUCGCAUCAAAAUCUCCUCCAGCUCAGGUUACAACCAAGGGAUUAGAUGAUCGACUGUUCUACAUCUAUACGUCUGGCACAACUGGAAUGCCAAAGGCUGCCAUUGUGGUACACAGUAGAUAUUACCGAAUAGCAGCUUUUGGUUAUUAUGCUUACAGAAUGACACCUCAUGACAUAAUCUACAACUGCCUACCAUUAUACCAUUCAGCAGGAAACAUCAUGGGCGCUGGCCAGUGUGUGAUCCAUGGUCUGACUGUAGUGAUUAGGAAGAAAUUCUCUGCCAGUCGCUUCUGGGAUGACUGUGUGAAAUACAAGUGCACAAUUAUACAGUACAUUGGAGAGAUCUGCAGAUAUCUCCUGAACCAACCAGUGCGGGAGGCAGAAACGCAGCACCAGGUGCGGCUGGCCAUAGGAAACGGUUUGAGGCCAACCAUAUGGGAAGACUUCACUCAGCGCUUCCGAAUUAAACAGAUAGGGGAAUUUUAUGGGGCUACAGAGUGCAACUGUAGCAUUGCUAAUCUGGAUGGAAAGGUUGGCGCCUGUGGCUUCAACAGUCGGAUUUUGCCCAACGUGUAUCCUAUCCGUCUGGUGAAAGUAAAUGAGGAUACUAUGGAGUUGAUACGGGGUUCAAACGGGCUUUGUAUUUCCUGCCGCCCAGGAGAACCAGGGCUUCUUGUGGGCCGAAUAAACCAGGAAGAUCCAUUGCGUCGGUUUGAUGGAUAUGUCAAUGAAAACGCUACCAACAAGAAGAUUGCCUACAAUGUCUUCCAGAAAGGAGACCAGGCCUACCUUUCAGGAGAUGUGUUGGUGAUGGAUGAGCUUGGCUACAUGUACUUCAAGGACCGGAGUGGGGACACAUUCCGGUGGCGCGGGGAGAAUGUCUCAUCCACAGAGGUCGAGGGGAUCCUGAGCCACCUCCUCAGUAAGACUGAUGUUGCAGUUUAUGGAGUGGAGGUUCCAGGAGUGGAGGGCAAGGCUGGAAUGGCAGCAAUUGCUGACCCACAAGCCAAGUUGAACCCUAAUGUGCUGUACCUGGAGAUGCAGAAAGUGUUACCCCCUUACGCACGACCCAUCUUCCUCCGGUUCUUGCCUCAGGUUGACACUACAGGCACUUUCAAAAUCCAGAAGACCCGUUUGCAAAGGGAAGGCUACGACCCACACCAGACAUCUGAUCGAUUGCAUUUUUUGGAUGUAAAACUUGGCAAGUACCUACAGCUGGAUGAGUGUGUGUAUGAGAGGAUCCAAGCUGGAAAAGUGUCUCUGUGAUUUCAUCAGCAAAGCCCCAAUGCCAACAAGUUUUAUAUCCUGGAGGGCCUUGCUUGGAUAGAGAAACAGACUUGCCGAAACAAGUGAAGCAAGGUUUGUAUUCAUGACAGCUGCAACAGGGACAAAACUUACUAAGGUGUGGGGGGUGAGGUUGUCCUCCAUAUUUAAAAAGCACAUUAACCAUUUCCUGGGCAAGGAAUGACCUUUUCCUACUGUUCAGUGUUUAGAAUGUCCCCUUCUCCUCUUCUUUGUAACCCUUUGUUUUGGGGGAAUUCAUGUGUGAAAAGGUUUUUAUGGUCUGCAUUAUUACCUUUAAAGCCCUUGACAUGAUGGGUGAGACUGAGCCUUCAGUAUUACUGAUCAAGUUGGAUUCUGCUGUGUAUCUCAGCCAAGCUUCAUGACCUUGAAGCAGUAGCAUAAUUGCUGUGGAUAAAGCCUCCAAUUGUUCUGGCGUUUCCACGUUCCUAAUUCACAUACUAUAGUUCUUCAGUUGUGAUCACUCUGAGAUCUGCCCCUCUGUUUACAUAGGGCUUUAAAGGACUGUCCAUAUGUAAUAUUUUAUUUACAGAGACUUUGGUCUUUAAAACACAUAAAUAAUUUUGAAGUAAUUAUGUUGGAUUAUAAGAAAGUUGUUAGUAAAGCACAAACAAAUUAGGGAGAAAACACAAAGAAAAUGCCUCUGCUUUUUGAUGAAGAGUACUGCGAUGUUGAAAGCUUCCACACAUUUAAGAGGUUUGUUAAUACUGUAUCUGCUUUUAUACUUUUGUGUCUGUAUGAAGAAAGUCAUCAGUGUGUUUUAAUACAUCUACCUAAAGAAACAGCAUAAGUGACAGAUCUGGACCAGAGCUGUGAUCAAUUACUUGAAGUAAUUGUUCUAUGCCAAUCCAAAAUUUUGGGAAAAUUUUCCCUAACACUGGAGCACAGUUUGGCGACGUUUGUUUGGUCUUGUUGAUUGACCCUACUCUCCAUAGGAAACAAGUGGCAACUCAAAGGCUGUAGGCAUUUCUAACUGUACUGCUUUUCAUCAGUGUAACUUCUAGAGUGGGCACUAAGGGUUUUUUUUUGUUUGUUUGUUUUAAAGGCAAAAGGGAUAGUGAACACUUGUUCAAAGAUUCUGUAAUUCUUAUGAAUGUGUUUGUAUGGAAGAACUAUAUAUCACUGUUGGUGUAGGUAGGUACUUCUAGGAUAUCCUAGUGAACCUUUUACAGAAUACAGUCUUUUACUGAAACCUACUAGAAUGUUCUUCUAUAUUUACCCUGAGGCUCUUGUAGGUGGGGGAGAAUUUGAGUUUUAAGGAACCUUUUUCUUUUUGACAGAGAUGAAACUUAACCAUAAAGCCACUUUACAAAGAUGUCUGCAGAACAAUGUUGCAUUGUAUUGAGCACACACAGUACUAGCUGGGCUAUUGUUAAGCAACGCUUCAGAAACCAGUGGAAUGUGUUUCCCUCUUCUCUCCUUAGAUCCAGAACGUGCCUUUUAAUCACUUCUCAUCAGAACCAGGCAAAGCAGAAGUUAACAUUUGUAAUAAAUGUAGCUGUGUAAUUAAUCAUUGGAUAAAACAGAGGCAUCUACAGCUAACUGAGCCCAGUUGUGUUGGGGGAAAAGUAGUUCAUAAGAUUUUUUUAAUGUACUAAAGCUCAUUCAUGGUUUAAAUGAAAUCAUGCACUUACUAACUUGGUUGUUUGAAACAAAGUUACAUUUUAAGGUGGGGUUACUACUGUCAAAAUCUGACUUUGUUUUGGGGGAAAAUUUCAGAAUAAAAAUCUCAUAAAAGAACA